AUGAGCCUGAUGGACCAGGACGAGGGCAAAGCGGCAGAAGAAUCCUUUGGCCGCUGGUUUUCUGCUGCACAGCGCGGAGAUUGCGCCUAUCUAAAACAGCAUAUAGCGACCAUGCGGCGAGCCGUGGACUCCCGAGGAAUGACUGCGCUGAUGCAUGCAGCGGAUGCAGGUCACGCAUCGUGUGUCCAAGCACUGGUUAGUGAAGCGUGCGAAAUCAGCUCUGAGGGGUUCACGGCUCUUGGGUACGCAAUCCGCGCGUCCUCGAUUGAUGCUGCAGGAGUCUUGCUUCCGUAUGAGGGCUCUGUUGAGGCCUCUUCCGGUCUUUCUCCACUCCUUAUGGCAUUGAAGUACAAGCAGGACACCAUUGCACAUAUGUGCUUUGAGCAUAUGGAUCCAUCCAAAGAUCUGGCUCAGGGCAAGGAUGGGGAGUUUAGAAAGAUAUUAAUGUUUGCUAUUGAGCUGAAUGACUACGAGCUCCUGCAGGACGCCAUCCGUCACUGUCAUAAGCUGCCUGCGGGCGAUAUAGCCGAGGCAAUUUCUCUCGAAACAGCUGCCGGCCCAACCUUUUGCAUAACGUACCUCAUGGGUGUGCUUGACGGACUCACACACCGGGAUGACUCAAGGCGCCAACACGCUUCUCCCAUACUGAUCACAACGACUCCAGAUGUUGUAAAGGGUGGUCCCAAAGUAGAUGAGAACGGAAACACUCUCUUGAUGAGGGCAGUCAUGACCUUCAACUAUAAGAAGAUGCUUGACUAUUCUUCUAUCCUGUGCAGAAACGUGAACAGGGAGGGGAAGACUGCGCUCAUGAUCGCGGCAGAAAUAGGCAAUGAGUCCGCUGCGGCAAUACUCAGGAAAUACGAGGCGAAGAUCCAAGAUCCUGCUGGAAUGACGGCCCUGAUGUUCGCCGUGAACAAGGGAAAUUUAAAGCUCGUCCAGACGCUGUUAAAGUAUGAGGUUGGUCUGAAGGACGUUGUAGGUCGGACGGCGCUAAUGCAUGCAGUACUAUCAAACAACCAGCCUAUUAUUCAGGAACUUAUCAAGUGUGAGACUAGCAACCAAGAUUUCCAGGGCAAAACAGCCCUUAUCUAUGCCGUAGAGCAGAACCUUUAUCAAGCCUGCAAGGCGCUCAUUCCUUAUGAAGCGGGCUUGGUGGACCAUAGGGGUCUGCGUGCAAUAGAUUAUGCCAAGCUCUUCGACAAUAUGGAGCUGAUAGAUCUUUUAGAGGACUCAGAAGGAAUUUCACGAAACUCUCUUCAGCAGAUCCUGCUUCGUCACGGGCGGCUAGCGCCACGCAUAUCCAGGCCCAGCCCCAGUCGUAGUAGCCCUAGGCCGGCUCUCUCUGGUUCCACUGUGAGCAAGCCCACUACUUCAACACAAGAUAAGCAGCACACCACUGUAGAUGUGAAUAAAGAAGGCUCACUGCCUGAAGACGCGAAGGUAUUUUCCACCGAUCUUAUCUCUGCUGUCCACGCCAGUAGGUACUAUGACAUCGGUGUUCUAGCCCCACAUCUUGCCAACAUGAGAGAUCACCACAACCUCACGGCACUCCAUUACGCUAUCUACCAGAACAAACGAGUGGCAGUACGCAUCUUGCUUCCUUACGAAUACGAAUCCCUUAAUGGGUUUACUAUUCCACCAGAGACGCGACCAGAGAUAGUCGAGAUGAUAAACCUCUAUAGGAAGUGA